UAUUAUACGUCAUUAUUACUAUCUAGUUUAAUAAUUUGUCAGGCUAAAAUUGAAGAGCAUGUAACUGUUACGGCUACCAUUACUCCAUUGCCCCGAAAUAUUCCGUCUAACAUGCCAGAUAGCUGUUUGGAACGAAGGCCGUCUUGGAGACUUAGGGUUGAAAACGGCAGCAAGUUUUUGCUUGAAGAUGCUCGAUCUAAUGAAGCAGUUCCAAAAACUCCAACAAAGUCACACAUUCCGUCAUCUCUUGAUGCUAGUGCAGAUACAACUGUCACAUUACCAUUAAGGCGUCCUUUACCUAAAGAAAUUGACGAUAAAGAUCAAGAUAAAGAAAAUGAGUUCCGCAAUCACCAGGCCACUCAAGCAGUUAUUCAAAGAAGGAAAAGGCCGAAGCGAAGAUCUACUGGAGUGGUUCACGUUGAUUUGGACGAAAUUGAUCCAGACAGACAAGAUACCUCUUCUUGUGGUGGUACCGAUGAUAGUAUCGGGGAGGUAUGUUUGUUGCAAWWGAACAGUUUAUAUUUAAAAUAUAAAAUAAGUUUGUAUAUUAAGACCAUGGAUAACACUUUGGUUGUUGUGUUAUUAUAAAUAAAGUCGUGUUUU